AUGGAAAGCAGCACAGAGAUGGCAUUCCUUGAGGGUUCAGUGAGCUCAGCAGACGAUUACAGCUUCUAUGAUACUGAUGUUGCAAUGAACUCAACAGAAAGCUACGACUACUUUAUUUCCAUCGAAAACAACCGGCUGCCCUUGUCUAAUAUCUACAUUCCUGUGCUGUACUUCAUCAUGUUCUUCAUUGGCUUCUCUGGGAAUCUCUUUGUCAUUUUGGUCAUGCUCAACCGCCGCACGCAGAACGGGCGUCUUGUGGACACCUUUGUACUCAACCUGGCAUUCGCUGAUCUUGUGUUUGUCCUGAAUUUACCGCUGUGGGCCGUCUCCGCUGCCCAUCAUUUUGAGUGGCCCUUUGGAGAUGCCAUGUGCAAGAUCAGCAGCUUCAUCAUCGCUGUCAAUCGCUUUUCCAACAUCUUCUUUCUAACGUGCAUGAGCGUGGAUCGCUAUCUGGCUGUCGUGCGACAAAUGGACUCGCAUUCCCUCAGAAGCAGCUACUGUGUGCAGAUCACCUGUGGCAUCGUGUGGAUCAUUUCUUUUCUCCUGGGAAUACCAUCUUUGGUAUAUCGUAAAAUCAUGGACGAUCAGGUCUGUUCCGAGGAUAUAACGUCCUCUUUUGUGCUAGGAAUGAACAUUCUCACCAUAUUUCUAACGUUCAUCCUACCAGUUGUGAUUCUGGGCCUUUGUUAUGGAUCAAUUUUGGUAAACCUGCGGCGUCACUUUCAGUCUGCUGCAAACUCUCGUGCAGGAGCCAGACAACGCCACUCCCUCAAGAUCGUGUUAAUUAUCAUUUCAGCCUUUCUGAUCUCCUGGCUUCCGUUCAAUGUCUUUAAGAGUUACCAAGUUUUCUUUAUGAUAAGCAAGGGAGAGUUUGGUGAGGAUGUUGAACUCGUCUUAUAUAAUGGAAUCACAUUGUCCUGCUGCGUGGCGUUUCUCAACAGCUGUGUAAAUCCAGCCAUCUACUUGUUCCUGGAUCAGCAUUUCAAACAUAGAGCUUACAUACUGUGUCUGAAAUGCCUGGGUCAAAGUGAUACACAUCAAAGCAAUAUCUCCUCAAAUUCUUUUUCUAAUGGCACCAAUGAGAGCUACUCCGGAAAUACAUCUACCCGCGGACGCCUUUUCUCACUUACUCAAAAUAACUGAACUUUUAAAUGUUUUGAUGCUCUGCUUUCUUUAUUAAUGUAAUCAACCAUUGAAACCGAGAUCUGUUUAGCAAGCUUUUGAUGUACUUUAACACAA